AUGGCGGAGCCGUCUGUGCCGGUACCGCCGUGUCCAGUUUCACAACCCGCGCCAGCGACUAGUCGAGCUCCACAGGAUAGCGCGACGUCUGAUUCAACAGUCAGAAAACAUGUUCACAGAACUGCUACCGGGGACAGGGGCGGCAGGAGGAUAACUGAAGCAGGUUUUUUUUCUUCGUUGCUGCAGCGGCUUUCCUUCGGUCUCGCCAGCUGCUCAGACGUGAGACGGGGACAGGACGGCCUUGGUGAGCUCCUCGUCGCGGAGUCGCCGCCCGGAGAUGCAAGCGCGUGCACACUUCCAUCAUCGUUUUUUCGAAAUACCGACGACGAUUGGCUUCCCGUAGCCUGCGGACGACCUGCCAGAGCCCCGCCAUCCAAGACGCCUGAGGGUCUGCUUUCGCAGGCUGGCGGUGAAGAAGACCUUUCCUCUUCGAACGAGUCCAGCGCUCACGAAGCAACCAACUCCCCUCUCUCUGCCUGUGAGUUUCUGCCCAGACAUUGUCUUUGCGCUCAGCCGUUCGCCGUCGGAACUCCUGCGUGCACAGUCCCGUUUUCAUCAUGCCUCUCGCGGGCUGAUUUCCACAGCUGCCUACCGCCGCCCACCUCUCCUGAUACCUCCUCUGCCUCGUUCUGUGAAAAGGCGCACUUUCUGAAUGUUCCCCUCUCGUCCCGCCAUCCUGAAAGCCAUGCGUCGUCGCCUCCUGCUGCGUCUAGCCUCCCGCACGCAGUGCCUGUCUCCGACGCUGUUGCAACGGAGGGGCGAGAUUGCCGACACUCCACCUCAUCCGGGCUCUGGCUGACUCCUAUUCCCGCGGAGUCGGUGUCUCCAAAACUGUCCAUGUCUGCGUCCACAAUCAAUGCUGCAGACGGUCUUCGCCCGACAGCAGCCUCGGUAUGCCCACACGAUACAGCCUCGUCAAGACCUACCGAAAUGCAUAUCCCUUCGAAUCGCCUGGCGCCCGCAUCCGGUAGUGCUGAAGAGCCGGCACAAUCACCGGGAAGGUGGCGAGCGGCAGAAGAAAGCGGUGGCCUUUCCGAGGAGGCGACAGUCUCGUACAUAGGCAGAGGGAGCGUCCACGCGUACGCCACGUUCGUGCAGGGAAGACGUCCAGAGCCCUAUACACCUGACAGAGACGGAAUCUUUAGUGAAGAAGCUGAGGUUUUCCCUCCCUGCUCCAGCAGCUGUGGCGGGAUCUUUUCCCCACAGUCGAGCUCCGAAGGAGGGACAUCCUCUACGCGCUCCUCCCGGCGACGAGAGCGAGGAACCGAAGAGGGUCGGACUGCAUCAGAUGCAUGCUGCGUCGGACAAACCCGAGCGGAUGACGGUCGCCAGACUUUUGGCGUCUUUAAAAUCGCUUUUGAUGUAUAUCAGGGCUGCCGGGCUACUCACAUCGACGACAAUGAAGUCUCACUUAUAGGAGAUCCUCUCUUCAAAGAAAGAAGACCGAAAGUAGAAGAUCUCGUGUUGAUCUCCAGUCGGCACACAUAG